CAUUAAACGGAACGCACCGGCAAGUGUCAAAAGAAACAGAAAUCCAUGAAGAAGAAAGAAUACACUUCCUAACGUGAUUCUUUUUUUAUUAUCGGCAAUCUUUUGUAUUUCCGACGCGCGCGUAUUUCCUUUUAUUAUUUUUGAGCUUAGUUGUUUACAUAGCGUGACGCGAUAUGGCAGAGAAAUGUGCAAAUGUCAAUGACAGAGAUAGCCCACCGACGAAGAAGAUAAAAUUGAACGACGAAGACGCGGUCGAGAAUACGGACGAGAGAGACACGAGUGAGAAUGAUACGACACGCGAAAUAGAACUGAACCUGUCGAAUUUCAAAGUGACGAAGGUACUGCAAAACAAUUGCGUACGGAAAUCGAUAUGUAUAGAAGGAACGUUCGAGGAUCGCGAAGGCUCAGCGAUCGUCUUGCUCGAACAGAAGAGUUUCCCUCAUGACAAGUUGAUUUUGGAGAAAGGUUUCUUUGACGAGAAAACGCUCUUCCGAAAUCAUUUCACCAACGAUAUUUAUAGGAAUUACGAUUGCUUUCCCACCGAGGAGUAUAACAGCAUACAUACGACCGUGAUAUAUCCUGCUACACAGAAUCAUAUCGAGAAAUAUAAGAGACAAGAAUUAUAUAUAAUAGAUGAAACAUAUGAACUUUAUCAACAAGUUACUCUUCCUUACAUAGAAUCAAAAAGUUUAAGUUUGGAGUGGAUAACAAAUAUUCUGGAACACAAAGCUGAACAGGAAAGUAUUAUUUAUGAGGAUUCUGACAAGAACACUGGUUUUGUAUUGGUGACAGAUUUCAAAUGGGAUAAACAGCUAGAUACACUAAAAUUAUUGGCUCUGCCAUUUCAAAAAAUAAGAUCAUUAAGAGAAUUGAAUGCCUCUCAUCUUCCUUUAUUAAGAAAUAUACGAGAUGCUGGGACAUCAGCAAUUAGUAAAAAAUUCAAUAUACCUGCAUCACAGCUUAGAAUAUAUUUCCAUUAUCAGCCGUCAUAUUAUUACUUACAUGUACACUUCUGCUACCUUAUGUUUGAAGCACCAGGAAUAUAUGUGGCAAAAGCGCAUCUUUUAUCAACAGUUAUAAACAAUUUGGAACUGAUGUCGGACUAUUAUAUGAAAGCAGUUCUUUCAUAUAUAGUGUUUAAAGAUAGUCCGCUCUUUGAAAAAUUUAAAUCUCAUGGAAUUCUAGAAAAAUCCACAUGUGAGACAUUAGACUGUAAAUGAUGAUAAGAGUGCAUUAUCUAUAUAUACAUAUAUAUCGAAACAAAUGUAAGUUAAGUUUUUUACUUGACUAUAUUAUUUGAGAUAAUAGAAUUAUAUAAUAUGUAUUUUAUUUAUUAUUUUAAAAUAAGAAAAAUGAUGCACAGCAUGGAGUGUUAUUAAUUAAAAACAA